AUGAAAAGAAAAUUCGAUAAAUAAGCGAAGCUCUCCUCUGCGAUUAGGGUUUUUGGGGGCGCUCGGCUUAUAAAUAUCUUCCGUCUCGUAUCUCUCUGCAUAACCAGCCUCCGAGUCUUCUUUCCGUUUUUUUUUUCUGGGAAACAAUGCAAGAUCCAAGAAUGCUACCUUCUGAAGAUGUACCAAAAUCAAAACCUCGGAAGAGGAGCUCAGCAACUCCUAAAGCUUCUAAAGCUUCUAAAGCUUCUAAUUUUCAAAUACCCAGAAAUGAUAUGCAAGAUAUACAACAGUUAAACGAGUCUACGGCAGUUAGAAUGCCCAAAAAACCUACCAAGAAGAAAAAUAAGAAAGAAGCUUCUCCUGUUUUCCAGCAAAUGGAGAGAUCAAAUUCAGACUCAUUGCCGGAUUCUUCAACAUCUGGAAAUGAGUACCGGGCACUCAGGCGGAAGUAUUUGUUGUUGGAGGAAGAAAGUUUUGGAUUGGGGAAAGAGUUGAAAGAUGUUGAAGAUGAUGUUGGAGCUCUUGAAAAGGAGAAGCUGGCACUUCUUGACCAACUAGUUGUAUUAGAGGGUCUGGUGGAUCCAUCAGAGAUUCAAUACCGUUAACUGUAAAGUUUUUUAUUAUCCAACUUACAGUUGUUUGUGAAAAUACAGAAUAUAGUCUGGGAGUGUCGGAUUCUCAACAGUUAAUGUAUCCAGAUUAUUAGGGUAUAAAUUGAGCUAUUCAGCGCUCUUCUUUGAUAAUGGCAUUCUUGCCAAUACUAAGUAAAGAUUUAGAGAGCCUGUCGAAUCAGAGUAUGAUGGGUUAGUUAUUGGUUCUUAUUGAA